GCAGGAUCGUGUAAUCAUAGUUUCCUUGUAAAUACUUGCAACGCUGACGCAAAAUUCUCUGCCUUUCAUUAUUAUUAUUAUUAUUAUUAUUAUUAUUAUUAUUAUUAUUAUUAUUAUUAUUAUUAAUUUUAAUACGCCCGAAAUUUUUUGGACAUUGCAGUGUAUCGGAUUUGUCGGAUAUUUUUUAAUAAUUUAUUUUCCUGUUUUGAAAUACUGCAACCGCUACCACACAUUCUCUUGCCUUCAUUAUUAUUAUUAUUAUUAUUAUUAUUAUUAGUACGCCGAAAAUUUGGAGGAUCUGUAGCGUAUCAGAUCCGCCGGAUAUUUUUUAUACGAUUUAUUUCCUUAUCCCGAAACUACCGUGUAUAUAAAGUGUCUCUGUAUCUGGCAGACGGAUUAAUUGUGAGCCCAAUACAUAUCAUAAUAUUCUCCGCACUUCCUGCUGCUGGGUUUGGCGCCUAUACGGCAACAGGCAAAUGACCUCGUCGGGUGGCUGUGUGUUUUUUGCAUAGAUCGGAUGCAGCGUUAGCAGUGCUACCUGCAACACUCCGGCCUUUCAUUUCUCUCUCUGUCUCUCUCACUCUCUCGCGCAAUUCAUCAAGCCAUGAAAUAACAACCUUGAGCUGCCGCUGCGCCGCCACUGUAGCCGACCAUUUUCUAACACACAACCCACUGAUAUCAUUUUUAUUUCCUCCAUCAAUUUCUCCACACCCGUGUGUGUUGAUCAUUCCCCGCGUUUCUCUGGAUAAAUAUUGGGAAUUACACCGGAAAUGUACGCUGCCGUGUCGCCGGGAUAAAUUCCUCGACGGAGUCACGAGGCAGGUUGAAUGCCGGUAUAAUUCGCGGUGGACGGCGAACGUGUGCGGAAUGAGUCGCGACAACUCCUACGAAGGCCGACUGCCCCACGGGGGCGGCGGGGCGGGGGCCAGCGCGGGGGCCAGUAAGCUGGCGCUGAGCAGCAUGAAGGCCAACGGGCACGGCCAUCUCAACGGCCACGCCUCCCACGCCCGCCCCGCCCACAGCGCCAGCAGUGCCGGCUACUAUUCCGGUCAGUCCGGCAGUGAAGACGGCGCCCUCUACACCGUCGACCAUCUGGCCACCUUCACCGUCGGGGAAAGUUACGAGUUGGUGCAUCCGCAGGACGGGCUACGCCGGCUGCGGCAGAUGGAGAAAUCCAGCGGGAUCUGGACGCAGCGAAUGUAUCUGCGCGUGGAGCAUAACUGGCUGGUCAUUAUCGACUACGAAAACGGGGACACCGUGGAGCGCUUCCCGAUGGAGUUAGUGAGCCAGCCCAGCCACUUUUUAAGCCAGGAUCCCAAGGAGCUGUACAACAACAUCCUCUUGUUCACCGUCAAACCCGAUCCGCGCUCCAAAUUCAACGCCGGCAUCUCGGAGAUGCACUUAUUCCACUGCCUCAAGACCUCCGCCCAGACCAUCGCUGACAGCAUCACUCUGCUCUGCCGGACUGGGCUCAACGGCGCCGACAAAUCUUCCUCUGCCAAGCGGAAAGGCGACAACGGCGUCCUAGUAGGCGCCGGCCUCCUAGCCAUGUCCUCCAUCCCUCCGCCGCCCGCCAACCCUCCACCCGAACCGCCGCUCCAGGGCGGUGUCAAUGUUAAGGAGCGGGUCGAUGUCUUUAAUAACAUCCUCGGAGAGUCGCGUAACGGCCGGCCGAUGGGACGCAGUUACCUGCUGCAGGAGGCCGACAGUGAGUCGCAGUCGCAGCGCAGCGACAGUACCAGCACGAAUUACGAGCGCGACGUGGCCAUCCUCAAUCACUGCUUCGACGAUAUUGAACGUUUUAUCGCGCGGCUCCAGUACGCUUCGGCGGCCUACAAGGAGCUGGAACGCCGGCGCCGGCAGCGCAAGAGCAAAAAGAAGGAAGCUGGCGACGGAAUGCUGUUAGUCCGCGCACGACCGCCCGCGGAAGCCGAGUUCAUCGACAUCCUGCAGAAAUUCAAGCUCAGCUUCAACCUCCUGGGCAAACUGCGCUCGCACAUCCAUGACCCGAACGCGCCGGAGCUGGUGCACUUCCUGUUCACGCCGCUGGCGCUGGUGGUGGACGCCAGUCUGGACGCCGAGUACGGGCCGUCGCUGGCCGGCAGUGUCGUGGCGCCGCUGCUGACGGAGGAGGCCAAGCAGCUGCUGCUCAACUGUCUGACCAGCAAGGAGAGCGACCUGUGGCUGUCGCUGGGCGAGGCCUGGAGUCAGUCGCGCGGCCACUGGCCCGGCCAUGUUCCUACCUACCAGCCAGUCUUUCAUGACGGAUGGGAGCCCAGUAUUGACCGCGACCUCACGCAGGCCGGGGCGCUGUAUAAUGAGCGGCUGCGCGGACGCCUGGAGCACAACUGGAAGGAGGAGCGGGAUUUCGAGCAGGACAGCAACGGCGAGUAUCCGCCCUACUCCGACUACCGCCACCAUCUGGACUCCACGCCCUCCCCGUCACCCCGUCAAUACUCCGAAAAGGAACGAGACCGCGACCGGCACAGCGACUUCAGCGACGGUGUCGGCUCGGAGAACGAUUAUGAGCGGCGCCAGCGCCGCUUCGCCGGUGACCUUUUGGAGUCCAAAGCCGCGUCCUCGGCGUCCACGGCCAAACUGGUGCAGGUGCAGCACGCCCGCGCCGGCCGCAACGACAAGGAGCUCAGUGUGCAGGAAGGCGAAAUCCUGGAGGUGCUGAACGACAGCCGAAAGUGGUGGCAAACCCGUAACAGCCGCGGCCAGGUGGGCUACGUGCCGCACACCAUCGUCCGCGCCUACGCCGGCGACACGGCCGACGACGCCUACGCCUCCGGAUACCCGGGUGCCUCACCGUCGCAGCGGAGCCACCAGCGCUCCGGCGGACAGCUGAGCGGCAACCGUUCCCACCGCGACCGCCACCGCUAUGAUUAACGCGUUUCUUACGAUCGUUAUUGUCGAUAUGAGCGCUAGUGUCGGCGUGAUGCCGGCUGAGCGUGUUUUUGUAGGUUUUUUUGCUCGGGCGUGAGCAACUGCUGACCGGUGCUUUUUUGUUUGUCUUACGCUGUGCAAUAUGUCGACGUGACGGGGCGUGUCACGCAGUGCCGUUUGUUCUGGUUGUAAUUUAUUGUUGUCCGCUGAUUACAGAGAGACACCGCGCGAUUUUACAUAAUUUUGACGGCUGUCUGUGGACGAUUGCUAUUGGUCUUAGUAAAAGAUACUGGUUUAUU